AUGGCCAUUGCCAUGGGCUGGCAGAAACCCGACAAUGUCGCGGGCUCGUCGGCGCCGGCUAUUAUGGUCGGUCUCUUCGUUGCCUCUGGCGGGUUGCUGUUCGGCUACGAUACUGGAGCCAUCAACGGCAUCCUUGCUAUGACAGAGUUCAAGGAACAAUUCGGAAAACAUACAAACUGCUUCGAUGAGAAAGGCGCCAUCGACAUUUGCACAAAAGACUCAUCCAUCAUCGUCGCCAUUCUAAGUGCUGGCACUGCCCUUGGUGCUUUAUUUGCAGCGCCUACUGGUGACUCCCUAGGUCGCCGCAAGACUCUUCUCUUGGCCGUCGCCAUUUUCUGCAUCGGUGCCAUCUUCCAAGUUGCCGCUAACAAUAUUGAUUUGUUGCUGGUUGGAAGAUUCUUUGCUGGUGUUGGUGUCGGCCUCAUCUCCGUUCUCGUUCCGUUGUAUCAGUCUGAAAUGGCUCCCAAAUGGAUACGAGGUACACUUGUCUGCGCAUAUCAAUUAUCAAUCACCUUUGGCCUCCUCUCCGCCUCUAUUGUCAACAUCCUCGCCUCCAAACUCAGCAACUCAUCUGCAUACCGCAUCCCUCUUGGCCUACAGAUUGUACCAGCAAUUAUUCUAACCGGCGGUCUGCUGUUAUUGCCGGAAACACCCCGCUUUCUUGUUAAGAAGGGCUUACACGAAGAAGCCGGCCUGUCACUCAGUCGACUACGACGACUAGACAUUACACAUCCAGCGCUCGUCGAUGAGCUUCAGGAGAUGAUUGCGAAUCAUCAAUACGAAUUAUCAUUAGGACCUGACAGCUAUAAGGACAUAUUUAUCGGCUCGCCACAUCUUGGUCGACGGACAUUUACUGGCUGCGGAUUACAAAUGCUUCAACAACUUACCGGUAUCAACUUUAUAAUGUAUUACAGCACAACAUUCUUCGACGGCGCUGGCGUUGAAAGCCCUUACACGAAAUCGCUCAUCAUCAAUAUCAUCAAUGUCGUAUCAACCGUGCCAGGCCUGUUGGUUAUCGAGCGCUGGGGUCGACGAAGGUUAUUGAUGAUCGGAGCCCUCGGCAUGGCUGGUUGCCAACUCCUUAUGGCGUCAUUCGACACUGCAACCGGGCAGAAUUUUGAGAAAGCAUCUCAAACCAUCCUCAUCACAUUUUGUGCUAUCAACAUUUUCUUUUUCGCUGCGUCCUGGGGUCCCGUUGUGUGGGUUGUGACCUCUGAGAUCUAUCCUCUCAAAGUGCGAGCAAAGGCUAUGUCUGUCUCAACAGCAUCCAACUGGCUUCUCAACUUUGGUAUCGGUUACAGCGCGCCUUACUUGGUUGGCACAGGACCAGGGAACGCCUCUUUUGGACCAAAGAUCUUCUUUAUCUGGGGUGCCUUUUGCAUUCUUGCCGUUUUCUUUGUGUGGUGCAAUGUGUACGAAACGAGUAAGAUCAGCCUGGAACAGAUCGACGAGAUGUACGAACGUGUGAACCAUGCAUGGAACAGUAAAUCAUUCGAACCGAGCUGGAGCUUCCAGCAGAUGCUCAAUGAUGGCUGGUCACCGAGCGCUCAACCUCCCGCUGGCCACGAACUACAAACGACAUCAACUGCAUCGAGCGCAGACACAACCUUGGGUGACGGUGAAACAUCUUCAAUCACCGUGAACCACAACAAUAAUAACAGUUCAUCGCCUAAUAACAACAAUGACCAGAACAAAGGCCCGCCAGUGUCCCUGGCCAAUGUUGACUUCAGCUAUUAG